CUGUAACAAAAUCUGGGUGGAAAAAAGACGGGAAGAGAAUGGCACAGAAGCCAGACAACCGUGUCCAUCUAUUCCGUUUACAAAUUAUCAUCAUAGAUGGAGGUCUCCUUGUUCUAAGAAAUAUAAUUGAUCAGAAACUGACUGCUCAAUGCUUAACUCUAAGUGCAUGUUUGAAUAACGAAAAGGCAACAAUUACACGUUUGAAAAGCCGCGCCGUUAUAACACAGGCACAAUAUGACAUAUUGUUUCCUACAGGUGGCCAAGCCCCAACUACGUCGGAGAUGGACUUCACGCUUAUCAUAUGUCUUCUAAGAUGCUUGAAGUGUUUUGGAUUGAAUAAGAAAUUUGACUGGAGCACAAAACCCAUUUCAACCGAUAAAACAGUUGAGGCAGAUAUAUAUCGGUUAAAAGCUUAUCGAAAUAAAAUAUGUCAUCUGCCUACAACAACUGGAAUACAACCUAAUGAUUUUGUAAAUUGGUGGAAUGACAUUGAGCAGAUACUUGUUCGACAAAGUUCUCCAGCUCUGAACAUCAAGCAAACAAUUGCCGAAUUCAAAACCUGUCAACUAGAUCCGGAGGAAGAGAAAAGGUUACAAGAAGAAGUAAAAAAGUGGAAGGACUAUGAAGCCGUUGUUGACCGAUUGGAUGAAGAAAUGAUACAAGUGCAAACAGAUGUUGCUGAAGUUAAGAAAGAAGUUGAAGCAAAGUUUACCGGAGUGGAGAAAGACAUGAAAGAAGUAGAGGCAAAGAUUACCGGAGUGGAGGAAAAACUCGAGAAGAUAGAAAAACGACAAGAUGCAGAGAAAAGUAACGAAGGUGUCUCUCCAAUACAGACAGCGGAGGAAAAAUAUCAAACUCGCAAGAAGGAGGACAUACAGAAUCAUGGAAACAUUUUUCAGAGGUUCUUUGGCAGAAUACAAUAUGCCCGUAUGAAAAGAAGUAAGUUUUUAUUUACAAACACUAUGAAUGUGGUAUUCCAGAAUUAAGAUACAGUCAAAUCUUUGGUAAAUAAAGUUAACCUCUGAUUUAAGACCACCCUCUAACUAAAGAUCCUAUUUGAAAACCAUCAUUGAAAAAAUACAGCAAAGUACAUUCCGAAUAAAGAACACUUGGAUUUUAGAAUUUAGACGGCCUUAAUUCACCAGUUCAACUGUACUGUUUUAUUAGCUUGACUUUUUUGUUGUUUUUUUUUUUUUCGGAGAAAAUAAUUGAUCUAUUGCUACAGUCAUCGUUUCCGUUCCCGUUUCGUCCAAAACAAUAUUUUGUUGUUAGUGUUUUGUUAGAGUAUUUCUCACUACAAUAGUCUUCCUCCGAUGAAUAAGAGAAUGUCGAACGAGCGUGUCACAGCUAGGCGGUGGCUCUUGUUUUAAUUGUUUGGGUCUUUAAACCCAAACCAAUAAUGUAAGCAUAAAUUCGAAGCCUAUGCAUCGCUUUUUUUAUCAAAAGCCGCAUGCAGUCCGUCUACAUACAUUAGCGGUCACCCUUCAGAAAAUAGAUACAUUGUUCCCCAAU